CACACAAAACCCUCACCUUCACCGUAUGUUUGUCACGCUCACCGGGCUGUGCCUUCCACCAACGUUGCUUACACCGUCUUUCUGCGCCUCAAAUUUUUUCUCCGCCGCAUCUGCACCUACACCACCGCGCGCCUGCCUCCAACUCCAGCUCUACAGCGCAGCCGACAACAACAAUGUCGGCUAGGACAUUAUUUUCACCGCGUCGGCCUAUCGAGAACAUCCCCGUGCCAGACCCCGAAAAGCUCAACGACUACCUCGCCCAAAUUAAACAGCAUGACGACGAUAAAACCAUCGAAAGUAUUUUGGGGCAAAUACUCCCAGACAGGUUCGUUAGAUCCCUGAUGACGACACAUGUCCGCGGCCAACUUCUCACUAUCAUCUCACCUCAACUUUGGCGGCGCGAAGGGAAUGACUUUCUAUCGCGGGAACAACAAUGCUUCGACACGGUGAUAGACACCGCCGCCAAAAUCCCCGGAUUGGGCGAUCUUGCCGCACAUGACGUCUCAAAGCCGCUCGUAACAGCAAUUGUGAAGUUCCUCGUCAGGAAAGCCGUACAGCACCGACCUAUAGCAAUUACUCACCCGCCGCUCACGGGAGGCGCACUAGGACGUACUCAAACUCUGGUGGACGAGGAAAAGAGAAAACGAGACGAGGAGGAAAAGAGGAGGAAUAGGGACCGUCAAAAAACAGUGGAGACGGACGUGGGGAUGGAGGAGGACACAAGGACAGAGGACGAGGAGGAAAAGAAGAGAAGGCAGCGUGAACAGUCAGAUCUCAUAGAUAUCGACAUGGAUGUCUAUGAGCAGGGCUACAACACGCCGACAAGGAGAAAGCGCUCACGAUCGACCAGAGCAACUAGUCACGACACGACAGAGACUACAUUCACCCCCAAACGCGCGCGUAUCUCCGAAGCAGAGCAGCCACCCCGACAGCCGUUCUUAUUCGACCAUUUCGUCAUUGAACUCGUGGACUGCACAAGACUUCCUAUAAUUUCGGAUAAGUCAAUUGUUCAGAUUCACUCGCGAACAUGCAUCACACAAGCCGAUGAUGUACGGCUGAUGGAGCAACGACCAAACUGCAGCGGCGUCUUCACGGCAGAAAGUGUACGCCUGGAAUCCCUGAUUUCGCAGAUGAAUCUGAGCCUUGAGAACAGCGGCAUCCCAGGGUUCGACGGGAAAUCAAGCGAGUGGAGGUUCUUCAGCGCGAUCGAGUAUCCCCACUUGAUCCCGCUCGAGACGCAGAGUCUGGUGACCGACCAAGUUUGCCUCCUGAAAGAGAAACAGAAGGACUUCUGGGCAGUACUGAUUGCACCUAAAGCCUCCACUGUAGAAGAGUUUAAGGAAGAUUUCCGAAAUGCGCGAGAGCUGGUCGACAAAACUCUGAAUAAUAUGAUAGGAGAGGAGGAAAUGGACGUUGAUUGUGCAAUUUCUGGUGAUCUAGGGUAG